AUGGCAUCUACAGUAACUCGAAAGUUUGGGCUUUCUAAACCUCUCAGUGUUUUCAAAUAUUACAGAUGUAUAUCAAAUGUACCAAGCCGUGAUGCUGCGAGCAACCCGAAUGCAAACAAAAGACUUGAGCCUUGUCAGUCUUCAUCACUGUUGGACAUCGGAACUAGACGUAUUUUCAGUGAGGACCAUGACAUUUUUAGGCAGAGUGUUAGACGGUUCAUGCAGGAAGAAGUCAUACCUCACCAUGACAAGUGGGAGAAUGAUGGUCAAGUCAGUAGAGAGGUAUGGGAGAAGGCUGGGCAGAUGGGCCUACUUGGAGUUGAUACGCCUGAGAAACACGGUGGCCUUGGAGGUGAUUUCCUCAUGUCCUGUGUUGUCGGGGAAGAACAAUUAUAUGCUAACUGCACCGGACCUGGCUGGGCACUUCAUUCUGACAUUGUAAUGCCAUAUAUUUCUCAUUAUGGAACCAAGGAACAAGUGGAGAAGUUCUUGCCCCAGAUGACUGCUGGAAAGUGCAUCGGGGCCAUAGCAAUGACAGAACCCAGUGCUGGAAGUGAUCUACAGGGGAUUCGAACUGUUGCCAAGAAAGAUGGAGCUGACUACAUCCUCAAUGGCAGCAAAGUAUUCAUCACCAAUGGUUAUAUGUGCGAUCUUGUCAUCGUUGUUGCCAUCACCAACACUGCAGCAAAAUCAGCAGCACAUGGAAUCAGUUUGUUCUUAGUGGAGCAAGGAAUGAAGGGUUUCGUCAAGGGCAAAAAGCUGAAAAAAAUGGGCCUGAAGGCGCAGGACACGGCAGAACUGUUCUUUGAAGAUGUCAGGCUUCCAAAGUCAGCUCUCCUAGGAGAAGAGAAUAAAGGCUUUUAUUACCUGAUGAAUGAGCUACCGCAGGAGAGACUUCUGAUUGCCAUCUUUUCACUAGCUUCUUGUGAGUUCAUGUUUGAGGAGACCAGGAAGUAUGUCAGGGAGAGGAAGGCAUUUGGGAAGACAUUGGCCAAACUACAGACAGUUCAACACAAGCUAGCAGAGAUGAAGACUGAAAUUGCAGUUGGCCGAGCUUUUGUGGACCAGUGCAUGGAGAUUCACAAUACCCGGGGACUGGACAGCAGCACCGCCUCCAUGGCUAAGUACUGGGCUUCAGAUUUGCAGAACAAAAUAGCCAAUCAGUGCGUCCAGCUUCAUGGAGGGUGGGGUUAUAUGAUGGAAUAUCCAAUAGCAAAAGCAUUUGUGGAUUCCAGGGUGCAGCCUAUCUAUGGUGGCAGCAAUGAAAUUAUGAAGGAGCUUAUUGCUCGGCAGAUUGUUAAUGACUAG